AUGGGGCACAUCGCCGACGCCCUCACCGCGGCCAACAUGUCACGUCCGGUGGCUAGUUUAGGGAGGGAAGUUCAGUCAGCUCGCUCGGCCGCCUUCAGGGCCGCAGUGGCAAAAGGCACGGCGGAACCUCUGAUAAUGCCUUACUGCUUCUUCGGUACCUUUAUCAUACCCGCCUUGUAUCUGGCUAUUCCUCACACAAACAGACCGUGGCUCUAUCGUGCUCGCUUCGCCGUAGCUGCCUUGAUCGCGGCCUUUAAUGUGCGGUUGAUAGCUCACACGUCCGGCUCGAAUCCCGCUAUAGCCUAUGGCUCGGGGCUGUAUGGCUACUGGGGGAUCAUGAAUUGCCUUGCCAUGCUUGUCUGGUCCAACCCGCAGUUUGACGCCGCCCGCAUCGUGAAAGUCAAAGCAGAAGAUUUUCCGGGAAAGGGGGCGGAGAAGGGAGAGUGCAAGGAAGGACAAAUCGAUCAGCUUAUUGGCGGCAACCAAGAGGGCAACCAAGAGCCGAAACCCAACGGAAAUGGCCACCCCAAGCCGUCUCUCGAGCCUAGUGAGCCGGCUGCGGUCAAGGACUCAUCACCCUUAAGCGGAGGCGUGGUGCGAGGCGAGGAGGGAUACAUAUAUUAUUGGGAGCCCUACCCGAAGAAUGCGCCGUUCCUCUACCGCUUCAGCUGGGCUACUGACCUAAUGACGACCUUUCGAGGUGAAGGCUGGAACUGGGCCAUCCCAACUGUUCCCCAUCCUCCACGGCCGAAAGUUCAUGGCCAGUACGAGAGAGUGAAACUCGAGGCGAUCCCAAAAACCGCUCGAUCAGGCUGUACUCGGCACGACACCGCCAAGGCCUAUCUCUAUGGAAAUCUCAAGACCUUCGCCACGACGUAUGUCCUUCUCGAUGCUAUGAGCACUUACAUGAGCAUGGAUCCUUUCUUCGUCGUGGGUCCCAGUACAUUACCGCCUCCGUCCUUGCUGCGGCCAAUUCCCCUGCCCCUCCUCAAUUUCGGCCGAAGCGUCUUGUUCCUCAUCUCCGUAUAUCAAGUCGUUCUGCUGGUGAUGAGCUAUCUCGAUAUCCUGCAGUACUUCAUCGGAGGCUAUUUUUAUCCCAUCAGGAGGGAAGCCUGGCAACACCCUUCCAUAUUCGGAUCUUUCUCGUCCAUCUUCGACCGUGGACUCGCCGGCUUUUGGGGCGGCUGGUGGCAUCAAACCUUCCGCGUCCCCUUCACGGCCCCCGUGGCUUGGAUGGUCGUAAACGGGUACCUGUCGGCCGGGUCCGAAACCACCAAAGUCCUCGGCGUCCUCUCCGCCUUCUUGAAUUCGGGCCUCCUGCACGCCUGCGGUUCCUACACUACCGUCCCGCCCACGAAACUCUAUCGCGCGCCGCUCUUCUUCACCCUGUGCGCCCUUGGCAUCUUCGUCCAGCAGGCUUUAUGUCGCCGGCUCACGCCCGUGCUAGCCCGCGUUCCCAUGCCGCUGAGACGCUCUGGGAACUUCUUGUUCGUGCUUGUUUGGCUUUGGGCGACAUGCUGGCCUCUGGCUCAUGACUUUGGGACAGCGGGCUUGUGGCUUUUUGAGCCAGUGCCUGUGUCUAUCUUUAGAGGGCUUGGGUUGGGGGCGGAAGGGGAGUCGUGGUGGAGAUGGGAUGAUUAUACGUUUACGUUGUAUCGGGGGAAGCGUUGGUGGGAAGUUGGCCUUGCACUCGGUGCCUAG